GCCGCGCGAACAGUCAAGCAGUUACUCUGCCCGAGCGUCGAGACUACGAACGAAACUUUGAAACUUUUGCGGCACUUAUGCCGCUUUUGCAUCAGGACAAUUGCCGCGGAGGCGGCGGCUCCGGUGAGAACCGGCGUUUGCUCGAGGACUUCCUGGGGCUGACCUCUCAUCAGGCCGAGCCCGCGCCGCCCGUCGGGACCAACCACCGGCCAAACGAUGGCGCGUCGGACAGCGAGUGGCGCUGGGAGGAGCCGGGCAGCCCCGCGGCCGCGCACACGCCGCGCUCCUUCGUGCCCGCCGCGUGCUUCCCCCCAAGGCACCCCCGCGCCUUCGCCAGCUAUAGCGAGAACGCGCGGCCCGGCGGCUGGGAGGACUCCGGACAAGUCAUUAUGGACCUUGCCACCUCUUUGAAGGCCAUGGCGAUGCCGACCAGCAGCGAGCGUUCGGUGCCGCCGCACACCGCGAUCGGCUACGACGCCCUCGACAACACGGUGGACCCGCCGUGGCCGCCGCGCGCGCCCGCCUCGCGCAACGAGAGAAACCUGCCCAGACGCGCCUCUUUCUGCGGCGUGUUAGGCGGCUCCGGCGGCGAGCUGGGCGGCGCCACCGGCGGAGGCAAGGCGGCGCGCUGGGCGGGCCGGCUGCCGGCGCGCUGCACCGACCCCAGCGCCGGUUUCUCGCCCAAGGUGUUCCUGGGCGGGCUGCCCUACGACAUCACUGAGCACGCGCUCAUGUACGCGCUGAGGCAGUUCCAUCCCGUCAGGGUGGAGUGGCCAGGGCGCGAGGGCGGCGGGUCGGGCGGCGGCGCAGGCGGCGGCUCGCCCCGGGGCUUCGCCUACGUCACGCUGGAGAGUGAGCGCCGCGUGCGCGCGUUAUUGGAGGCAUCGCGCCGCGAGGGCAAGGACUGGUACUAUCGCGUCGUCUCGCGCAAGUUCCGGGCCAAAGAUGUGCAGGUGAUCCCGUGGGCGGUGUCGGACGCCAACUGGGUGGAGGGCGGCUCAGUGCGGCUGGAGCCGGCGCGCACAGUGUUCGUGGGCGCACUGCACGGCAUGCUCAGUGCGUCCGCGCUCGCUACCAUCAUGAACGACCUGUUCUCGGGAGUUGUUUAUGCUGGCAUCGACACGGACAAGAACAAGUACCCGAUCGGGUCUGGGCGCGUGACGUUCAACAACGUGCGCUCCUACGUGCGUGCUAUAUCUGCUGCCUACGUCGAGAUCUUCACCGACAAGUUCUCUAAGAAGGUGCAAGUGGACCCGUACCUGGAGGACUCGAUGUGCUCGGUGUGCAACCUGCAGCAGGGGCCCUACUUCUGCCGAGAGCCCAUGUGCUUCAGAUACUUCUGCCGCUCGUGCUGGGUGUGGCAGCACUCGGGCGACGAGCACAAGCCGCUGAUGCGCAACUCAAAGGCAGCGCCGCGUGCGCCCGCGCCGUCACACCACGCGCGCCAGCCCGACUCUGCCUACGGCGGCUCCUACGCGCUGCCUAGCGAGGGAACCCCAUCGCCUGCAACAAGCGGCACGAGUGGCGCGAGCGAGUUAGACGCCGCGCCUCCAGAAGAUUCCACGGACGCUGCCUGGCCUCCGCACUAGUUGCAGAACCGCACUAGUGGCGCCGACGCACUAGUCCCAAGCGUUAGCGCGUGAACUAGGAACUGCAGUCUUGUGCUUGCACUGCUAAGGGUUAUUUUGCCUGGAGCAAAGGUAAAGUCGAAAAUCUAAAUAUUCUGGUGGACUUCACUUUUUGUUCUCGACUUUACUUCAUCUCGAGUAAAGGAAUCCUUUAACGUGUUCACGCUGAUUUCAGUGUGCCAUAAAUACAACUGAAUGUGCUCUCGGUCAUUCGAACGUUGUUCACUUGCGAGCACCGUUACUGACGUAAUUUUGACACACAAUGAAAUCUUCGUUUACUUCUGUAAUGCUAUGC